AAUUGACUGAAACGGGAUCCCUCCCCCAAGUCAAAGGGACCCUCGACUGGCCGGUUAUAGAACAGCACGUGUGUGUGUGUCGGGUGCCGGGUGUGCAUAAGGGAGUGUGUAUGUGCAUAUGUACUGUGAUUUGUGCUGCACUACAUCGCAUACACAUAUACAUAUUACAUAUCCAUACAUACUUUAGUACUCCGUACAUACAUACACAUCAUACAUAUCCGUACAUAGGCAUCCAUACAUGCCCUACACAUCUCCAUUCAUACGCAUACGCAUACGCACACCCACGCCUAGCUACCGGUAACAUAUGCAUACACACAACACACACUGGCAUUAGCUACAGCCUGUGGAGCGCAUACACAUACUAAAUAGGUAGAAUCGUUGAAGAACUCUUCUCCCCUUCCAAGCAACAACGGCCGCACCAACAUCUAUCAAGUCUUGGGGUCCUGUCCAGAUCCAUCCUUUCGAUAUUUUUCUCCUUCUUCU